UCUUUCUGUCGGCUCCGAGACAAUAUGUCGCACCGUAAAUUUUCGGCCCCGCGCCACGGAUCCUUGGGUUUCCUCCCCCGCAAGAGGAGCCGAAGACAUCGUGGAAAGGUGAAGAGCUUCCCCAAGGACGACCCAAGCAAACCCGUCCACCUCACAGCUUUCUUGGGCUACAAGGCUGGAAUGACUCAUAUUGUUCGUGAGGUUGACAGACCUGGUUCAAAGGUCAACAAAAAGGAGGUGGUGGAGGCAGUGACCAUCGUUGAGACCCCUCCAAUGAUUGUGGUCGGCGUGGUGGGGUACGUCAUGACCCCCUGUGGUCUGCGAGCCAUCAAAACCAUCUUCGCUGAGCAUGUUAGUGACGAAUGCAAGCGUCGCUUCUAUAAGAACUGGUACAAGUCUAAGAAGAAGGCCCUCACCAAGAACUGCAAGAAAUGGCAGGAUGAGGAAGGCAAGAAACAGCUAGAGAAGGAUUUUGCCUCCAUGAAGAAAUACUGUCAGGUUAUCCGCAUCAUUGCCCACACACAGAUGCGUCUGCUGCCCCUCAGACAGAAGAAGUCCCACCUGAUGGAGAUCCAGCUGAAUGGAGGGUCUGUGUCUGAUAAAGUGGACUGGGCGAGGGAGAAGUUGGAGCAGGCUGUGCCUAUCAGCAAUGUCUUCACCCAGGAUGAGAUGAUUGAUGUCAUUGGAGUCACUAAGGGACAUGGAUACAAGGGUGUGACAAGCCGCUGGCACACGAAGAAGCUGCCACGCAAGACUCACCGUGGUCUGCGUAAAGUGGCAUGUAUCGGAGCCUGGCACCCUGCCCGCGUGGCCUUCUCUGUGGCUCGUGCUGGACAGAAGGGUUAUCACCACCGCACAGAGAUCAACAAGAAGAUCUACAAGAUUGGCCAGGGUUACCACACUAAGGAUGGUAAGGUGGUGAAGAGCAAUGCCUCCACUGAAUAUGAUCUGACCAACAAGAGCAUCAACCCUCUGGGUGGCUUUGUGCACUAUGGUGAGGUGAAAAAUGACUUCCUCAUGCUGAAAGGCUGUGUGGUUGGGACCAAGAAGAGGGUGCUGACUCUGCGCAAGUCCCUGCUGGUGCAGACGAGCCGUCGUGCUCUGGAGAAGAUCGACCUGAAGUUCAUUGACACCACUUCAAAAUUUGGCCAUGGCCGCUUCCAGACUGUGGAGGAAAAGAAGGUCUUCAUGGGACCACUCAAAAAGGAUCGCAUUGCCAAGGAAGAGUCUGCCUGAUCUCCUCUCUGCUCUCUGCCUCAGGCUGGUGUCUGGUAGAGAUGUUCAAUAAAAAAAACAAAAAAAA